AUGGAGAGUCACUCUUGCCGCACACUGACUGCAGGCCCUCUGUCUUUGGCUGCACAGACCGUCAUGGCUGCGCUGAGAGCACAGUAUGCAGGCAGAAUACACAAGACCAGACACAAUUUGUUCAUGCCUCAUCCAGAUGAGAGAUAUGUCCAGAUGGAAGCUGAAGUGAGUAUUGAACAAGAGCACAGUGCAGCUUCUACGGUCCCAAAAACGCAUACCAGCCACCAGGACCUCUUACAGGUGGAUAAGAGAACUUCUGGGGUGGAGACUGUGACCAAAACUGUUCUUGCACCAAAGAAACCUGGGAAAUGGAAGCCUCCAAAACCUACGCAGCGUGGCCCCAAAAUCACUUUAUCCCAGGAAACAUGCCCUAAACAUGGAACCAGCAUGCCAACAUUCUCCAGCCCUUUGCAUCAAUCUUCAAUGUCUACAGGCACUGAAGGGCAGCCUUUCCACCAGACACAGCAAAGCAAGAGUACUCAGCUCCUGAACCCACAGAAAAGUGCUCAGUCUUUAGAUGAGAGACCAGAGCAGAACUCUACCCUGCAGAAAAAACGGAAGAAACAAGAUGCCAAAACAUCUAACCACUCCUACAUCUCUAAAUCCCCCAAACAAAAGCGCUUUGCUUCAGAAAUGGACAACCAAAUACACCCAGAGCACCCAGAGGGAGACAAGGAAAGAAAUGCAAUCUCAGCAUCAUCCAGACUCACCCUAGCCUUGUCCUCCGACCCACGAGUUUGUGAUGCCAGCCGUCUGUCACAGGAAGAGAGGGAACGUGUGCUGGAGGAGGCUAGCGGAGCAAGAGCACUGGUGGUUUCAAUGGUUUACCAGGAUGGCACCACACAGCUGGACCCUGAACAGAAGCCUCCUCCUGCUGUGUGUGGACUUUUGGUUCUGCUCAAGAAGAGUCUAGAGUCAUUGGAUUUAGAGCAGACUGGAGCUGCUGAGGAGAGAGUGCUACUUCUGAGGCUGGAGCAGAGACCUGUUUGGGUUCAGCAAGACCCACAACACAACCAGGAUCUUUUCACCAGAGAGAUGCUGUUGCAGAUGGUGUGUGGAAUGCAAAGUUUAGUAUGUUAUAAAGCCAAAGAUCUGCUCCGGACCAUACUCAGGCACUUCAGCAGAGAUCUGAGCUGGAAGCAAGUGGCUGCUUGUCAGGUAUUGGAUCCUCAGAUUGCUGCCUGGUUACUAGACCCUGCAGACUCUGCCCGCUGCUUCCAGGACCUGCUCAACAAGCACUGCACACGUCCAACCACACACACCCCUGCACAGCCUGCGCUCGGACACAAUAAGGUAACCCAAGCGAUCUCCAAUCUGUCUCACCUACACAGGCUAAUGGUAGAACUCCAGAAUAAGCUACAGAUACAGGGUCUGUGGCAGCUGUACUUCUGCAUGGAACAGAAGAUGAUUCCAGUAUUAGCAGCUAUGGAGAGUCACAGAAUCCAUGUGGACAAAGAGAACUUAAAGAAGACAUCAGACAUGCUGGGGAAUAAGAUGAAACAGUUGGAGCAGGAGGCUCAUCAGGCCGCAGGCCAGCAGUUCCUGGUGUCCAGCAGUGCCCAACUUCGACUGGUCCUGUUUGAGAAGCUGCGUCUGCACGAACGCUGUGAAAAUAAGAAGCUGCCCAAAACUGUGCUCAAACAACAACAGUCCACUUCAGAGGCUGCGCUCUUACAGCUCCAGGAUCUGCACCCCUUGCCCAAAAUCAUUCUUGAAUACAGACAGCUUCACAAGAUCAAGUCAACUUUUGUGGACGGAAUUCUAUCCUGUGUGACGAAGUCAUUCAUCUCUUCCACGUGGAAUCAGACAAGUACAGUUAGUGGCAGACUGUCAGCCAAACAUCCAAAUUUUCAGGCUCUUCCCAAGCAGCCAGUGCAGAUCACAAAGAGGCAGUAUAUUCAAGGAAAGGAGGCAGAGCUUGUGACUGUUCAUCCGCGCUCCAUGUUCAUACCCCAAGAAGGCUGGACUUUCCUCUCUGCAGAUUUCUGUCAGGUGGAGCUGCGUCUGUUGGCUCAUCUGUCGUCUGACCCCGAGCUCCUGAGAAUCUUCCAGAAUCCUGAAGCAGACGUCUUCACCAUGCUGGCCUCUCAGUGGAAGGGCAUAAAUGAGGACAGUGUGAGUUCAGAGGACAGAGACCACGCCAAACGCAUCGUCUACUCUGUAGUCUAUGGAGCAGGUAAGGAGCGUCUGUCUGGUAUUUUGCGUGUGAGUGCUGAGGAGGCCAGCUGUUUCCAGGACAGUUUUCUCCAAACCUACAAAGAAGUGCAGGCCUUCAUCCAGCGCACUGUGCAGCACUGCCACAAAUACGGUUAUGUAAAGUCCAUAAUGGGUCGGCGCCGUUUCCUCCCUCAUGUUCACUCAGUUGACUGGGGCAUCCGGAACCAGGCGGAGAGACAGGCUGUCAACUUUGUAGUGCAAGGUUCUGCUGCAGACCUCUGUAAAAUGGCCAUGAUACAGAUCUGUUCACAUGUGUCUUCUUCCACCAUUUUCACUGCCAGGCUGGUGGCUCAGAUCCAUGAUGAGCUGCUGUUUGAGGUGGAGGACUCGCAGGUCGAGGACUUUGCAGUGUUGGUGAAGAAAAUAAUGGAGUCCCUUCAGCACAUUGACUGUCUUGGAGUCAGCCUUAAUGUGCCUCUGAAGGUUUCUGUGUCUACAGGCCGAUCGUGGGGCUCCAUGUGUGAACUCAGCCUCCCCCAUGCUGCUGCCCACACCUCUCCUUGA